AUGAGUAAUUAUAGCUGCCCUAGAACUCAUAAUAAGAGUAAUAUGAGUGGCAGAAAUGAGGUGAAGCCGAUAUCAUUUAGCAGGGGGUCUUUUCAAAUUCAUCAUUAUUCAAAUAGUAUACAUUCACCUUCUUUAGAUGGUUCACCACGUCAAAAUUUUUCACAAAAAUAUUCAUUUGGAAGUAUCAACAGUAGUAAUUCUAGUUAUGAUCGAAGUAGGGAUCCAUCCUCAGUAGAGCAACAAUUAAUGCGUGAAAAAUCACAAGCUCUGUUGAAGAGAAAAUCUUCUCCAAUGCCAAAAUCAUCCGGUUUAUUAUAUUCGACUCAUACAAACAAGGAACUUUCAAGCAUUGAUAAAAUUAAUGAUCCUUCAAGUAAUGCACUUAUUUGUGCAGGUAAGGCACAUUUAGGAUAUUAUAAAUUUUCUUCUAAUGAUAAUAAUAAAAUAACUUUGGUCCAUGAAUUUACCCAAGGAUUUUCUUCAGGAUCAAGCCAAUUGAAUUCAUUAAAUCCUAAUUUAAACAAGAGACGAAGACAAAUAAAAUUAAGCACCAUUGCUGAUGUAAAAUCUGGUUUCCAAAAAUAUAACAAUUACAUUGCAGUCUGUAACAAUUCCACCAUUAUAUCCAUAUAUGAUAUCAAUAAGAAUGAUAAUAUCGAUAAUCCAUUAGUAACAUCCUUUUCAGAACAUUCAAGAGCUGUGAACAGUUUUGAUUUUAAUAUGACACAGACAUCGUUACUGAUAAGUGGUGGUCAAGAUGGUCAAAUAAAGAUUUGGGAUUUAAGAUCUAAUUCAUUAUCAGGCUCCAACAAGCCUGACUUAAAUAUCAACGCUGCGUCAGAUUCAAUAAGAGAUGUAAAAUGGAUGCCAGGCUAUAAUUUUUCAUCAUUUAAUCAAUCAUACGAUGGUAAACAAACUGGUAAUUCUGAAUAUAAAUUUGCAUCAAUACAUGACUCUGGCUUAUUGCUAAAAUUUGAUAUCCGUCAACCAAAUCAAGUAGAAAAAAAGAUUAAUGCACAUACAGGUCCCGGAUUGUGUCUAAAUUGGCAUCCUAACCAAGAUUACAUUGCUACUGGUGGUAGAGAUGGGAAAUGUUGCAUUUGGUAUAUUGGUGAUGUCGUUAACGAUGCGCCAGUGACUUCUCUAGGAAGUAUGACGCCAAAUACAUUACACACUUCUAAUGUCAAUUAUUACCAGUCAAAUGCAACUAGUUUAGCAUUACCUGAGAUGACAAUAAAUACUGGUUUCCCAGUAACUAAAUUAAAAUUCAGACCUGCAUAUGAGAAGAAUGUAAUGGACUCGUUGCUUGCAAUAUCAUCAAUGGGCGAGGAAGCAGAGGUUAACAUUUAUUCACUUUGUAGAAAAUUUAUUCCUAAACAUGUCCUACUAACUACUUCUCCUUCCCAAGGUCUUGUUUGGUGGGACAAAAGUUUGAUUUUUAAUACGGAUAGGUCAAACAGAAUCAAUGGCUGGGACAUUGAUCUGGAACCUACUGUUUUAGAUAAUUUGCCCAAGGCCUUAGCCACUUGGAGAGACAUUGAUGGUAAUGGUUUGUUGGUAAUUGAUCAAGAUAGCGGUACAUAUACAGCAAAUGAGGAAUAUAUACCUCUUGUGUUUGACAAAAGAAGAAGACAAAGUCAUAGAUUGUUGAACCCAUCAAUUAAUGACAACAACUCAAUUACAAAAACAAAAUAUUUAGACUCAAUUAAGAAGGCCAAUAGUAAUACAAUUAUUUCUCCUACUUCUGUAGAAAAAACAGGAAAUAUAAAACAACCUAACCUACAUAGUAACAAAAGCAUUAUAGGGAUGACUUCGCCUAUGUACAUGACCCAAUUUAUGCCUCCAACAAAUAGCCCUUCUCCACUUAAUGAACCAUUAGAAUUUAAGGGCAUACAAUCUCCAUUAAUAGUUGCCCUUGAUUUCCCUCAUAUUCUAAAUAACAUGAGACUAUCAAAAAUUACUUCUAAAAAGCAUUUGUCAAAGUCAUCAGACAUUGCAGCAAUAAAGGAAUCGCCUAUUCAAGUUUUCCAAUAUCUUGCAAGAGAAUUAGAGUUUUCAUUUAGCAAAGAUCGAAAAUUAGACAGUAGAUCCUCAAUUAUAAAAAGGAAAAGCAUUUCUGAUGAUUCUGGAUCACAAGUUGACGUUAUUAAAAAAAUUGGAUUCACUGACACAACAAAAUGGACAAAUCUAAUUAAUAGAAAAACAGAUGGAGAAAUCGCUGAAAAAAGUUCUGAUAGAAUUUCAGCAUUAUCUACAUCAUCAGAAAGUAUUAAGAACGAUAUUGAUGAAAAAAGUGAACACUCCAAGAAUAAUGCAUAUUUAAAUUUGGAGAAAAAAUUAAGUCACGGAACCCAUGGAAUGCCAGAAGAUGCAAUUGAAGCUCAACACAAAGUUGAUAUACUGAUAGAAUUAGUAACGAUAUGUUCGCAUAAUGCUUCAGUCUAUUCUUAUAUCGAUGACGUUCCAAAUUUCAAAAUAUGGACACUUAUUAAAGAUUCGUUACUUUGGGAUUUAAAGGACAUAACAGGGAUUGAAGAGGCGAUUAACUCGAAUGACUCAAUAGAGAUUAAAGACAAAUUCCAGUACUUCGAAAACCUGGAUCAUGAGCGUGCAUUGAAAAACUCUUCUUCUCAAACACAAUUCAGUGAUAUUCCAAGUGAGAUUGAGUCAUUUGUUACAGAAAAUCCAGAAGCUUUGACAUCAGCUUCGUUGGAACUAGACAAUGACAUCGAAGAAGGGACAAAAGAAUCUAAGCGCCCAAUUUCCAAUUUACAGCAGCAGUUAAAAGCUGAAAACACAGCAGUUAUGGAUACGCCAAGUGAUGUGUUCGUAACUGCAACUACAGAUGGUGGCCAUUUUAGGGAUAAUUCAAAAGUUACAAGAGAUGAGAAUAAAAUUGAAACUAAUGAUAACACAAAUUUAUUGAAUAUCGGUAAGGUAAAUACAGAAAACGCUAUAAAAAUAGAUUCAGAAUCGGUCAUCGAAGAUGUUGCCCCUGGCUCUAAAUCUAUUGAAAUUCCUACACUUACAAGAGGAAGAACUAGAACAUCUUUUAUUGACACAUUUAUGACAAAUCCAUUGCACAAUAUGGAACGACCAGAUAGAUCGUUAUUACUGGCGCAAGAUAGUGCAGCUAGUCUAAAUGAUCAAAGUAGUCCUAUCAGUAAAGUGUCAUCCAUAAAAAGUAGUUCAAAUGUUCCACAUUCUCUAAAUAGUAUGAUUAAGCUAUCCCAAGGAAAAAUGCAUUCAAGAACUCGUUCUAUUGGGAAGUCUCCAAUCAAACUGUCAGGUUUUUUGUCACCAAAAGAAAGAAGUCUUUCGCUACCUUUGGAAAAUAUUUUAAAAAAAAACAAAUCUGCUGAAAAGGUUGCCCAUAACGAUCAGUUCAGGCCGCCAUGGGAAACUGGAAAAUUGUUGAAACAGUUAUUCAACCAAGCUGUGGAAACUGGGAAUAUUUUAUUAGCAAUAAAUAUUAUAACCUUAUUUCAAGAUCUCUACAAUAUUACUACCAUUGAUGUUGUGAAGAGUAGUUUGCUACAGUUUGUUGAAAUACUGCAUCGUUAUGAACUUUUUGAAAUAGCGACUGCCUUGUUGAAAUAUUGUUCGUGGAAUAAUAUACUUGAGGGCAAUGGAGGAAACUCUACAGUACAAUUAUUUUGUGACAAAUGUGGGAAACUGAUUGUAAAUGAAUUUUCUAAGACUAAUUUUAACGAAGAACUGAAAAGAACAGGGAAUAAGGACUCCAUGAAAAAAUUUGGUUACUGGUAUUGUGAUGCAUGUAAGAAGCCUAAUAGUUUAUGUGUAUUAUGUGAGAAACCCAUGAAGAAAUUGGUAAUGUGUGUUCUGGCAUGUGGUCAUGAAGGCCAUUUCCAAUGCUUAAGAGAUUGGUUUUUAAAUGAGGGGAUGAAUGAAUGUCCAGCAGGAGAUAUACAAGUAAUAUAA